AUGUUCCAACGUGACUUCAAGAAGCACGGAGCUAUUGCUCUUUCGACUUACUUGAAGACAUAUAAAGUCGGCGACAUUGUUGACAUUAAGGCUAAUGGUUCCAUUCAAAAAGGUAUGCCCCACAAGUACUACCAGGGUAAAACUGGUGUUGUUUUUAAUGUCACUAAGUCUUCCAUAGGUGUCAUUGUAUACAAGAUUGUUGGUAACAGGUAUAUCGAGAAGAGAGUUAACUUGAGAAUCGAGCAUGUUAAGCACUCUGCCUGUCGUCAAGAGUUCUUGAACAGAGUCAAAGAAAAUGCUAGAUUGAAGAGAGAAGCAAAAGAAAAGGGUGAGAAAAUCAACUUAAAGAGACAACCAGCUAUGCCAAGAGAAGCCAGAAUUAUUUCCGCUGAAUCUAAUGUACCACAAACUUUAGCUCCAGUCGCCUACGAAACCCUCAUUUAA